AGGGAGAGAGACCGAGAGAGCGAGAGACCGAGGAGAGAGAGGGAGUGUGUGUGUCUAUGCAAAGAAGAUGGAGACACUGCGAGCACUGCCCCUUGGGGUUGGGGCCUCGGGCGAUCCGACUUUCCUCACAGGUGGUCUUUGAGUCUACAACAUCUGCCAGCGGAUGGUUGGCUUUAUUCCAUUGUCCGUGACCAGAGAGGGCGCGGCCCCUCUGUACCGGGCUCGAGGCGGGAGGCGCAGGCCGCGCGCAGGCCAAAGCAGGGCAUGCCGGGAGUUGUGGUCCAGGCGCUCUGAGGCUGUGGGACGUGUCGCGGCGCCGCGCCGGCUCCUCCUUCCCCGCCCUUCUCAGCGGUCCCCCGCCUCCUCCCUCCACCUCCUCCUCCCUCGCCUGCAGCCGAGCGUCCCCUCCCCCCAACCCGUCGGGCUCCUCGGCGGCUACUGCAGAGGAUUCAGAGCCGAGUCGCUGAGGAGGAGGAGGCUCCGGUCCCCGCGUGCCAUCCUCCACCCUGCUGGACACGGGCGAGGGAGCGAGAGCGUCGCCGCCGUAGCCUUCGGAGAAGACAAGGGCAUCGUCGCCUCAGCCGCCGCCGUCGUUUUCGCCUGCAGCUGCUAGCCGAUACCCUGGUGAGAAGAGAGCAGAUGGAGGUAUUGGUAGACAGAAGCCUUGGUGGAAUGAAUAGCCCAUGAGUUUAGGAGUCAAGAGUCCUGGAUUCAAAUCUCAGUUCUACUACUUGAAAGCUGAGUGAUUACAGAUCUUCAGUCUUCCACAAUGAACCCUGUUUACAGCCCCGUACAGCCUGGGGCUCCUUAUGGCAACCCUAAGAACAUGGCCUACACAGGUUACCCCACAGCCUAUCCAGCAGCGGCCCCUGCCUACAAUCCCAGCCUCUACCCCACCAAUAGUCCCAGUUAUGCUCCAGAGUUUCAGUUCCUGCAUUCAGCUUAUGCAACUCUGCUGAUGAAACAGGCCUGGCCACAGAACUCGUCUUCCUGUGGCACUGAAGGCACCUUCCACCUCCCAGUGGACACCGGGACCGAGAACCGAACUUACCAAGCAUCCUCUGCGGCUUUCAGAUAUACUGCGGGGACACCAUACAAGGUCCCACCGACCCAGAGUAAUACUGCUCCACCCCCCUACUCCCCAUCACCCAACCCCUAUCAGACGGCCAUGUAUCCAAUCAGAAGUGCCUACCCCCAGCAGAAUCUGUAUGCCCAGGGAGCCUACUACACACAGCCUGUGUAUGCUGCCCAGCCUCAUGUCAUCCACCACACCACGGUCGUCCAGCCCAACAGCAUUCCCUCUGCUAUCUACCCAGCACCUGUUGCCGCUCCCAGGACCAACGGCGUGGCCAUGGGUAUGGUGGCAGGCACCACCAUGGCAAUGUCAGCAGGUACCCUGCUGACUACACCCCAGCACACAGCGAUUGGGGCACACCCUGUCUCCAUGCCAACAUACAGGGCCCAAGGAACCCCUGCGUACAGCUACGUGCCCCCACACUGGUAAAGCCUGCAGCCCAUCCAAAUCUGGAGUCACACAUUGUAUGCAACUACUCAAGUCUUACACCGGUGCUGGAGCAGUUCCCUUAGCAGCACCACCUCUAUUUGCAAGAGACAACGGAAGUGCAAGGGUCACUUUAUGCAUCUUUAAUGGUUUUGAUUUUGAUUUUUGGUUUCUGUAAAAGCUGCUUUUUCUAAUCUCCUGCCUCUCCGCCACUGUUCCCCUCUUAGCCGCUGCCCUUCCAGCUCUACCCCCUUCCUCUUACCUGACCAGGUCAUGUCCUCUAUGCUCUUCCCUAAGUGUCCUGUCCCUGGGGAUCCCGGUCUAGAGGCAAGCAGAGUAGGGUUUAUUGCAAUGGUUCAUCUGAAGGCUUGAUUCCAUUUGAAGAGCAUAAACAGAUGUGGUCUGGGGUAGGAAUUCAGAGCUGUUGAGGAGGCUACAUCUCUGAGGGAGUGUUCUUGUUUUUCUUAAGAUUAGUUCAGGACAUUGCCAUGUCCUGAACACAAAUGAAAUGUCUCCUGAGAACCAUUGAAACAGACCAAGAACAAAAUCACCUGAGUAUGUAGGAGUGUUAUUAGCAGCUUAAUAGCCCAGGCUGAGAAUCUGGGGGAAAAAGUCUUUAGAAUUUGGGGGAGGGUGGGGGAGGGAGGGCACUGUGGGGAAGGAGAGAGAAGGGAGGAGCAGUGCUUGCCUCAUUGCUUUGGUUUGAAAGGUCUCUAGCCAAAGCAUCUGGCCCUGGACCUUCUGAUUUGCACAGUGAUGUUCACUGACCUGGCACUUCCUCAAAAGGUGAUUUUGACCUUAGACCUGCCAAGCAGCUGCAGGGUGGUGGGAUCCCAGCAUCCCAGGGCCUUGGAAGGCCAGAUGCCCUGUGUAAUUCAGACUUCGGCCUCUGAGCUGUCAUGGACACACUCUGAUGAGGAGCUUCCUCCUGAUCGGAGUGGGAACCUAGGGCAUUUCUCUCCCUUUCCUUUUGCCCUUCCCAGUGCCAGGACUCACCUGUCUGUUCGUAGAGCUUGCAGGCAGGCCAAGCUCUUGGUUACCUGUGCCAUUCAUGGCCCAAGUGAAGGAACCACAUUCCAGGUGGGUGCUGGCAGCUCUGAAGGUCAGGAUAGUGAAGGAAAAGCAAUAGCAAUAAACAUUUCAUAGACUCAUGGAACUGAAGGGACCUUAGCAAUCAUCUCAUCCAUUCCCCUAUUUGGCAGAUGAGGAAACUGAGGCCCAGAGAAGAAGAACGAACUUCCCUAGACCUCACAGUAAAUUAGCAUUAAAUGCAGCCUUCCUACCUAGUGGCAUUGCCUACAAAAAUUUACCUAGGGAUGGAUUGGCUUGGUUUUGUAAAAAUUAAGUCAGCAGUGCCCAUACCUGGUAAGCUCUGGAAUGGUCUCUGGGCUCCUACUUCUGCUCUUUUCCUCCAUGGACUCCAAAGGCAGGGGUCAAAGACUGGGCAGAGGCCACACGGGGGCAGAUGGCAGGAACAGAAAUUGCAAAUGAAGAAACAGCACUUGGAAAUUCUGUGAAGACAUCUGGAACUUUCAUCCUGUACCUGACUCUACCUGCAGAAGGAGCAGGUGGGCUGGCUGAAAAGGAGAGGCCCUGCUUUUAGGACUAGCUCCUCAUCCCAAGAGGACAGGGAAAGGAAGAGGAAGAAGAGAAUGGGAGUCAUCAGGAGAGGAAGACAAGAAUGAGGCCCAGGAGACAGGCCCAUCUGGGAGAAGAGGGAUCUCUGGGACGAGGAGGUCCCUGCUAGUCUCAGCCAGGAGCCUGGAUUGCUCAGCAGCAGCCUCUGGCACCCAGCACUUGGCUGGGCCAGCAGCCCCUCUGGGGGUGAGGCAUGAAUAUUUUACUGUAUAAAAUUGGAUCACUGACAACAUUUGGGACUUUAAAAAACUGUUUUCAUUUUAAAUUCAGGAAAACUUGGACAUACCCUUACUCCUACCUCCCAUGUCUCCCUAAGGGAGGGAAAAAUCAGGAAACCCUUGGGUUAGAAGGAGCUUAGAAGGUGUCUAGCCAUUCCCAGAAGGGCAAAGCCCAUCAGCAUCCUUGGCCUGGAGCCAGAAGUUUGGGGGUCUACCUUCCUGGGCUUCCAAGGAACUUUAGGACCAGUAAGAAAAAAUCCAGCUAUUCUAAAUUGUCUGUUCUGGGGUGCUGAUGAGGUUUCACUUUAAAAUAAAGUUUUCCAGUGUUAAUUCACUUUUUGCAGAUACUCCUCCUACCCGCUCUGGUUUUGUAAAGGUAGAAGGUUGUUCUAGAUUAUGUCAUAUGUGUUUGAAAAAUGCCAAAAUAAUAAUGAUAAUGAUGAUAAUAGAAACCUUUGCAUUUGUCAGGUACAUUAUAGAGUUCAAAGCACUUCACAGUCUUUCUCGUACUCACCCUGACAGGGUCAGAGUUAUUACAGUCAAUUGACAAAUGAGAAAACAAGUUAUGGAAGGGAACAGGCCCACAGUCAGCAGAAUGCUGGUAUCUGCCAGGCUUCCCAGAACCCUGCUGCCUCUAUGAGGGCUGGGAUGGAACCACAGACAGGAGAAAGAGGAGGAGGAGACCUAGGGAUGACCGUGUAACUUUUUUUCUUUCUAUACCAGUAAGUAAAACUAACAACUGGACCUCACAGUUCACAGAACAGUUUAACAUACAUUAUUCUGGCUUAACCCUAUGAGAUAGAGGUUAUUUCUCCAAUUCGAUCCUUAAGGAAAUCAAGGCUUGGAAAAGUCAAGUGACUUGCUAAUAAGUGACACAACCACUUGAAUCCCAGUUUGUCUGCUACCUUAUUCUCCUCCAUCUGAUUCCCACCAGGCUCACAUACUGAAGCAUCUAUGCCCUGUGCCCUGUCUUUGCCCCUACCAUGUAAUUCAGGAGGAAAGGGAGGCCCCAAGGUGAAAAUAAGGCACUGAAAGGCUGUGGUCUGGAAGACCCCAGGUCCAGCACCCCUUUUUCAGUAUGAGCCCCAGUUCAGCCAGCCUCAACCCUCUUGCUGUGAUGGAGAUCCACAAGCCUGGCCAAGCUUGGGGAGUCACUGCAAAGGGACUGAGCUGGGGAGAGGGGACAGUCAUGUGCCUCUAGUAGGAUGGGCACAGUUACUGGUAAGGUCACAGAGAUCUGGUGGGAGGUACCAUAGGUAUCCUCCAAAGAUUCUAGAUGGCAUGGUAGUCAAGCUAGACAAAAAGAGCUGGAAGGGCCGUCCCACUGAAGGCAGGCAGGCAGGCAGGCAGGUAAGAAAGAAGACAAGGGGUGUGCCCACCUGACAGCUACACACUGGCACCAGCACACAAACCCCUUUCUCCUUCUCACGCCACUGCCUCUCCCCAGGUGCAACACCUGUGGCCAGGAUCAGGGGUACAGAUGGUUUCAGUCACCAGCCAACCCUUUUGAAUUCCUCUACUUCUACCUGAUACUGUCUCCUCACUGGCCUGCGGCCAAGAAAGUUUGAGUGUGGGAGCUGGAUUGCCUGCAAAUAGUGAAAGCCUGAAACAAUCAUUUGCCAGGUUUUGAAAAAAAUGCAUAUUUAAUUUCUUCCUCAUGAGAUAAGACAGUUGCUGUUCUUUCUUACUUGGCAAAUGACCCUAAAAUGUAUAUCCCCUUUCCUGAAUAUUUAGUAGGGACACACCUGUCUGGAGCUUUUUUUGGUAUGCAAAGUACUUUGACAUUGGUUGCCAUAGUCCACCAUUUUAUAGAUGAAGAAAACUAAGUCUCAGAAGGCUUGAGACUUGCUAAAGGGUUACGCAGCUUGUGAUUCUUCAGACCCUCUGCUCUUUCUGCUGCCACCUGCUGGGUGUCUUGGCAAGCAUGAAGGGAGGGGCUACCCAUACUUAUGGAGACCAGGGAAGCCCAGUCCUCUGAGCUGAGCAAAUUUGUAUGAACUGCUUUGGGCCAGGACCUGUAAUGGGUCCUGGGGACACAGAGGCACAUCUAGCUGGCAGCACAAAGAAGACAAGAAUUUGCAAUUAAAGGCCUAUCUUGGACAAAACACUUUGGGGAUCACAGUGCCCAGGACUGAAGACAUGUUGAAGGACACUGGAGGCAUCUUUCUAUUGAGAGGCCCAUGUCCUUGGCCAAAAGCAUGUGGACAGAGGUCUCUCUGCUUGCUUUUCCCAUGGGUGAGGAACAGAACCAGACUCUGAGCAUCCUUACCCCUGCCUAUCCAAAUUGUUCCAAAUUUGAGAUACCUCGCUCCCAGAGAUCUGGGGUUCCUUUGAAGGCCUUGUUUUGUUCUGAUGGGCUUCAGAAAGGAAUCACCUGAAGUAGAAAAGUAGGACAAGUUUUGGCUCCUCAUACAGCUAGGACUCAUCCAUGUUUCCAGUGAGGCACUGGCUAAGCCAGCCCCAGAGCCUCCAUAUCCAAUUCCUCAGCUCUGUUCUGUGGCCAGAGGCAGUGAGCCUCAUUCUGGGCCCUGUGAACUUUCUUCUCUAUCAGCAUCUAUAUCAUAAUUCCUCCUCAAUUGCAGUUAAGUUAAAAUAUACAGAAGUCUGCUUUUCUAUCCUGUAUUCUCCCAAAUCACCACUGGCUGUGCAGCCCCAGCUGCUUGCCAAGCUCGGGAAUCUGGAGGGCACAGUAGUAGAGUGGGCCAGUGGGACCCACCCACAGAGCUGAAGAAACAUGGCCAGACUAACCGAUGGGAUUCCACACCAGAGCCUCUGAGCGCGCAGGGAGGCAUGCCAGGUGGGCUGCAGGGUUUAUCCCUUACUCAUCCAUCCGCCCCUCUCCUAGAAAACACCUUGUUUCUUAAAUUAAGCAUUAUAUAGUUCUAGGGCCCAGCCUUCAAAAUUCUUGGCAGGCCAGCUUCAACAUUCCAUGGCCAACCCUGCCUAAGCCAGACUGGAGUCCCAGUCCCUCGGUUUCUCCAGUGGAUGUCUUCUGUUGUGCAUGCUGUUGAGUCCAACCCAAAGGCCAACUGAGGCACACAGGAGUUGGGACCGGCUGCCACAAAGCCAGAAAGGGAAAAGACAGCACUUGUUUCCCUGUGGCCACGUGGAUAGUCCCUGUAUAUCCUUGCUGUGGUAGUGAGGGCCUUGACCCAUUUCCUUCCUGAAGAGAACAUAUAUAACAGCAGCUUUGCAGAGAAGUACCAGCCCAUAGGAAUCAAAUGGGUGAAAUCAGCUUUGGGCCUCACCCCAGCAAGACCAGCAUCUCCAGACCCCAGCCUUUCUCCCCAGGCCUAAGAGUCAGAGACUAAGAGUGGGGACUAUCCCAGAGACGACCUCCUUGGGUCAGCCAGAUAGUCUGGAUCUAUGGUGUGACUCAAGCUCCUCCUUAUCCAGGGGGAGGCAAGGCCAGGCCUCUAGCAACUUGGAGUUGUCUAUAAUAAUCUAAAGGCCCAAGGGCCUGUCCCCAACCUGACUUCAAGGCAUCUGCUUCCCUGUUUCAUAUCACAUGACAGAGAAACCUGUUCUCAUGGCAUGUAACAUCCCUGUGAAGAGAGCGUUGUAUAUGAUUUUGUAUUUUUUAAUUCAUUUUAAUCUACAGGUUGGAAUCUAAUUUUUAAAUUUUAUUGGAACUCACAUUUUAAAAAGAAAUAAAACAUUUAAAAUGAUAAUAAUAAAAAACCUUUGACCAGUGUCUUCCAAGUAGUUUGAUCAAAGAAUUUAUAGGUGUUUUCAAAACACUCCACAGAGUGUAAAGAUUGGAAAGCCCCAUGGCCUCGCUUGUGUGUAUGAAGUGUAAAUCUGGUUUUGUUUUGUUGUUUUGGAUUCUUUUGGGUUUUUGUUAUGUUUUGAAGACCAGACAGUGAUCACUCUGAAAGAUUGAAGCCAAGAAUUUGUAACUAUGAUAUUUACUGUAAGCUGUAGAACACUCAAUAACUAUUAAAAAAAAAAAGUUUCCCAAAAAA